AAAAAUGAAGUUAAAACAUUAAAAAAUUUGAGAAAUAAUGAUGUUGGGAAACUUGUCCUGCUAAACUCCAAAGACUUCAAAACUGCAACCAAGGAGGGAGCUGGUGCCGGAGUGAGUGCCAUCUGUCGUCUUGCAGAACACAAGGCCGUGGUGGAGCAGAAGCUGCUCUUCAGGAAACAAUUUGGAGAUUCUGUAUCACAGCUACCGUUUUGUGUCAAGGUACUUGGAGCAGAGCGGCGCUCGAAGAAACUCCGACUGCUGAAGAAUGACAAGAAGUCUCGCAUGUUGGAGUACGAACGUCGACUUUUCAAGCUGUUUCAGGAAAUAGGAGGUGAGGAGUUUGAAGCUGCCGAGCGUCUAUAUCUCAAAGUUGUCAAAAUGAAGAAAACUCUUGAGAAGCGAAAGAAAAAGGAAAAAGCGUGGGCCUUGGCUCAAGGUCCGCUUGGAGACAGAAGAGCAGCAUAUGAAGAGUACCUUAAAACCCUUGAUGAAGGGGAGGAAAAGCAAAGUUUUGCAUCAUAUGUGGAAGAAAUGAGCAUGAAAAAGACUGAAGACUCGUCUGAUACAGAGAAGACGACGCUUGAAGCUCACGAAUUCUCGGAUGAAGACUGCGCCUCUUCUCUUGAUGAUGAGGGAUCGUCUGAUGAAGAAGGUAAUGUAGCUCCUAAUGAAGAAUCUGAUCUCAAGCAACUAGAACUGCGGAAUAAAAUUUUCGAAAAACUUGAUGCUAAGCUAGGAAAGUGGAACGAAGAAGACUCUUCUGAUGCCGAGGAUAUCGAUAUUAUGCCAGACACUACGAAAUCAUUAUUUACUAAUGAUGGUAAUGUCUCUAAACAACGCAAACAUGUUUCUCAAUCGGUGUCGUCUAAAUCAAAUGUUUGUGAAUUCGAGUUUGCACGCUCACAAAAAAAUAUUGAUAAUCGGAAAAGGAAACGUGACAGUUCCUUGAACGAUAGUGAAAUAGAUUUUUCAUCAAAUAAGAAGACUAUUCUAAAAUCGGAUGAAUUCUUUCCUAGCAGGGAAGCCUUGUUAAAACGGGAUUCAGAAUUGAAAAUAAAAAGCGCUGACUCCAAUAAAUCGGCUGAACGCGACAACAUUGCUAAGUCAUCUGUGAACUUGUCAAAUGAAUACCAAUUAGACUCGGGCGCUGAUACUGAGAAAAGCCAUCCUUCAUUGUUUAGUUUAUUUAAGAAGACAGGAUUUACAACUAAAAGAGGCAAAUUGUCUCCAGAAAAGAAAGCCAAGAAGCCAGAUGCGUUAGAUCUGAAAAUUGUUGCAUCACUGUACAACAAGAAUAAUAAGCCUCUUGCUAAGUCAUCUUUCUUUGUUGCUAGUUUCAGUUCAGGCACUCAAAAUACCAAUGAAAAUACCAAAGAUGAUGCAGCAAGAAUCGAUGAUUCCGUUGUUCCCCAUAGAGUUUUGGAGAUGGAAACUGAGCUUGCUGAGAUCCCUCGACCCAUCGCUUAUGAAAAAGCCCAGAAACUUAAUAAGGAAGGUAUGUUGGACGAUGAUGUUAGCGACGACGAUCAAGAUGAGCGAGCCAACUUUAACUCAAUGUUCAUCUUCGAUAAUGCGAAGAAUUUUAAGCAGGCACGAGGUGAAAGUUCAAGAAAUGGCUCCAUGAGCGAUUCCGGUAGAGGUCGCGGUGUUCGAGGUGGUCGGGGAGCUCGCCAUGACGGACGGCCGCGUGCCAAGUGUGGUUCUGAUGAAGAUUUUGGCAGCACGACACCUGGCCGUGGUAAACACAACGGCAGAUUGCCUGAUGCAAAGUUGGUUGAAGGAAGAAAAUUCGACGUUGGUGGCACAGGUCGAGGUGGGACACGCGGAGGCAAACGAGCCCAGAGAGGAGGAAGGAGCACAGCACCAUACGCCGCUACCCGUUCCAACGACGACUCUGAACUACUACAUCCUUCGUGGGCUGCCAAGAAGCAGAACUCGGGAGCUAUCAAGGGCUUCCAGGGCAAGAAGAUCACAUUUGAUUGAUGUCAAGAAGCAAUGUGACAACGAGUGACUGUGAAAUACACA